AUGUUUUAUAAAUGGAGAACAACGGUUUCGAUGUUGCAACGAAGUCGGUCUAUCGGUGGAAUAUCGACGAAUUCAGCUAAAAUCUUGAGUAAACCAAGUCUCGAUGAAGUGAUUAAAAAAUAUAACGAGGCUAAAAAAACUGCAACCACGACGAAGGACGUCAAAGAGGACGGUUGGGCCGAUGCUCCAACGAUUUAUUGCGAUGGUAGUUGUAUUUGGACGGAACGAAAAGGUGGAAUUGGAAUUUUUUGGUCGCCAUUGGAUAGUCGUAACGCUCAUCUGAAACUUACUGGUGAUAAAAUAACAAGUAUAAGAGCAGAGCUAAUUUCCGUUUCUUUGAGUCUUGCACAGACGCGAUUAAUACACAUAUAUCGAAAUAAUACAUAUCGAAAAGAAGAUGAGUGGGAAUCUAACUGGAAUGAAUUAACUGAAGCUCAACGUGAUCUCUGUGGUAAUUUCCAUGCAAAUCAACUUGCACAAAAAGGUAUAAAUAAUCCGAUGAUGAACGACGUUGAAUUUGAAUAUUUUUUAAAAUAA